AUGGAUAAGUCAACUUGUCAGUUUUACACUAAAAUAGGUGCUUGUAGGCAUGGAGAGAAAUGUUCAAGGAAACACAUAAAACCAACAAGAUCAAGAACUAUAUUGUUACCCAAUUUAUAUCAAAAUCCCAAAUUAAAUAAGAAUGAACAAGAUUUAAAUCCUAUUCAAAUAACUGAAGUAUUUGAAAACUUCUAUAAAGAUAUAUUAAUAAGAUUCGCCAAAAUUGAUGAAGUCAUAACGAUAGUUAUCUGUGAAAAUGAAAACAAUCAUUUAAAUGGUAACGUUUAUGUAAAAUUCAAAACGGUCGAUGGUGCUAUUAGAGCCAUUAAUGAAUUAAAUAAUGAAUGGUUUGGCAGUCGACCUGUUCAUUGUGAAUUAUCUCCAGUAGAGAACUUUCCUGACGCUAAUUGUAAAGCUUAUGAUACAAAUAGUUGUACAAGAGGAGAUCAUUGUAAUUUCAUGCAUGUUAUAAGGCCAAAGAAUGAAUUAAAAGAUUACUUUUUCAAAUGUCAAGAGAAAACUAUCUUGCUCAACAAGAUCGAAAAGUUGAAGCAAACAAAACCUCAGGAUCCUGCGAAAUCAGACACCAAAGAUUUCCAAUCAACAGUAGCUAAUUUAUUUAAAGCUGUGUAA